CUAGUUAAAUAGCAAAGUGGUCAUUUGCAUUAAUGACUUCUUACUGCAUAAUUCUUUACUAUGCUACAAUUGUUCAACAGUUUAGCCCCUCCACUUGCAGAUAAAAAGUGGACUUGAAUGGUUAUAUUGUGCUCAGCUGACAAGAGGGACAAAUGGACGACAAUUAAAAACUCAGGUUAAGUGGAACAAGCAGAACAACACUUCCAAAUUUCACCAUGUUCAUGAGAGUGUCAACACGAAUUCUCCCGUGUGUGGUUAGUGUUCUGUUUAAAUCAGAAGAUAUACCAAGAAAAGCUACGCCAGUGUCUUUUAAGAAAGAGAGUCAUCCUUACUAUGACUUAUCUGUGAAAAUUCUACGAGCAAAAAAUAUUGUUGGAGGAGAUUUCUUACGUGCAGCAGACUGUUAUGUUUCUUUGCACCUCCCUACGGCAUCUGCAGUUGAUUACAGAACAAAAACCAUACCCAAUACCAAUAAUCCUGAGUGGAAUGAAACCUUCACAUACAGGCUACAGAGUAUGGUGAAGCAUGUACUGGAGCUCUCCCUCUAUGAUGCCAAUGUUAAAGGGACAAAACAUCUAUCGACCGUAGCCAUUGAUAUUGGAAAAAUUGAACAUGGUAGCGAUUUGAAGACUACUGUAGACCUGAAGGAUGACGAACAACUGGAAGUGGAGUUUCAUUUGGCAAAAUCCAAAGAUCCUCCUGUCGAAAUCCUCACUAAUGGCGUGCUUGUGGCUCAACCUUGUACAGGUGUGGAAACCAAAGUGAAGAAGGUCAACAAUCUUCACCAGGUAGGCACAGGUCUUAAUGCACAGUAUAAUAUGUCUGUGAGAGUUGAUGGAGCCUAUGAAGAGGAACAGUACACCACACUCAAACCUCUGUCAAAUCCUGUGUGGGAUGAAACAUUUUUCUUCCACAUCGACAAGAGUUUGGAUCCAAAACUGAAUAUUGACUUGAUACAAACCAGCAAAGAGUUGCAGGAUGAUAUGCAUGUUGAAAUGGUGAAGGAAACCUGUAUUGUGGGUUCAGGGUCCCUGCCAUUGUAUCAUCUUCCUAUCGGAAAGAAUGUGGACAUGGUAAUGAAUCUUGACAAGGAUCAGAAUGUUGACCUGAGACUAAAGGCUAAGAGAUGUUAUGAAGGUCUUGAUGUGCGCCUGAAUUUUGACAUUGCUGAUCCAGAGAAGGAAUUCCUUGUAAAAAGAAAGAAAUAUAGUGCACGAGCACUGAAGAAGGUGCUGAACCUAAAGAAGACUCCUACGGACAGCCAUGUACCUGUUAUAGCAAUCCUUGCUUCAGGGGGUGGAAUUCGAGCAAUGACAUCCCUUUGUGGUGCUCUGCAUGGGCUGCAGCAGAUACACGUCCUGGACUGUAUAACCUACAUGAUUGGAGUGUCAGGAUCAACUUGGUGUAUGUCUACGCUGUAUCAGGAUGCCAAUUGGUCUCUCAAGGAUUUGAAAGUUCACAUUGAGAAACUUAAGGAACAAGUGACUAAAAGCAAGACCAGUGCCCUGUCCAAGGAUCGUUUGGGGUAUUACAUCAAUGCUUUGGUAGAGAAAAGUCGUUCAGGGCACAGUGUAUCAAUCACUGACCUGUGGGGACUCAUCAUUGAAUCAUUUCUCUCUGGACAGGAGAAUAAAACCAAGCUGUCAGACCAGCAGAGAGCUGUAAGGAGGGGACAGAACCCGUUUCCUAUCUAUGCCAGUCUUAAUGUGAGGUCAAACCUCAGCGCUCGAGAUUUUGGAGAGUGGUUUGAGUGCACUCCUUAUGAAGCUGGACUUCCAAAAUAUGGAGCUUACAUCCCCAUUCAGCAUUUUGGAAGCAAAUUCUUCAUGGGAUACCUGAUAAAGAAAUGUCCAGAAAUGAGAAUCAGCUUCUUGGAAGGCCAGUGGGGUAGUGCUUUUGCAGCCAACCUGGAGGAGAUCCUGAGGGAGAUGAUAGGCACCUCCAACAUGUGGAUGCAGAACUUACAGAAUGCUAUCAAGAUAACAGAUAAUCCUCAAACAAGAAUAAAUCAACCUGCAACGCGGACAAUCAUUCCAUCAGGCCUGUUAGACACUAUGGUAAAGAAUUUAUUUGUGUCACGCCUGACUGGGUCAGAGAUCUGCAACUUCCUAAAUGGCCUCUUUCUGCAUCAGCUGUAUGAGCAGAACCACUACUUCAUGCGUGGACGAAUUGAACAUCUGGACUCCGCUCCAAACAAACUGACACCAAUGGCAAAGCAGUUGUAUUUGGUUGAUGCUGGAUUCUCAAUUAAUUCGGCAUUUCCCCUUGCCUUACGGUCACAGCGACGUAUCGAUGUCAUCCUGUCCUUUAGUUUUAGCCGAGGAUCACCAUUUAAGGUUCUGAAGAAGACUGAGGAAUUUUGUAAAGAACAUGAUAUCCCUUUCCCAAAAAUUGAUGUGGCAGACAUUCUUGAAAAUAGUCUACAAGAAUGCUAUGUCUUCAUGGAUGAAAACAAUCCCAGAGUUCCUAUAGUAGUUCAUUUCCCCCUCACAAAUGCCACAUUCAAAGAUUAUGUUUCUCCAGGAGUCCCACGUACAUCUGAGGAAGAUAAAAUCAAUCACAGUUUUGUCCUGGAAGCUGAGAAUUCACCAUAUAGCACCCUGAACUUUACCUACACACCUGAUGAUUUUGACAAGCUGAUUGAUCUAAAUUGCUACAAUGUGAUGAACAGUAAAGAUAUUAUUCUGAUGAUCUUGAGUAAGGCAUUAGCCAAAAGGAGGGGAGCUACAUAAAUGAAUGAUACUGAAUUGUGGAACAAACCUUGUUCUUUCCUCUUCAUCCAUCCCUUGGUUUAUUUGAAGCUGAUUCAGCUUUAAUCUCCUCAUUGAUUUCUUGUGUUGCAGAAAUGUUAGCAGACAUCUAGCUCAG